UUAUUUCUUUUUACCAUAAAAGUUGAAUUUUUUCUUCUGUGUUGAUCAGUUUACUUGUGUAACUUGUGGGUGAUUCAACCGGGUAAAUCAAUGCACACAUUGCCAUUUGAAAUCUGUCUAUUGACUUUAGGAAUUGACGUCACGUUUUUGCCUCUUUGUUCAAUUACGGGAAAAAGGUAAAUGAUGCAAUGACAAAGAGAUCAUGUAUAAAAAUAACUUCUUGAACGCACGUACACAUAAGAACACACACACACACUAUGAACUCCGAUGUUUCUCUCAAACGUAAUCAAUGAUAUCAUGUUGAUGAAUUAAACAACAGUUAUAUAUAAAGAGGGGAACAAUUUGGAUUAUCUUUUUCUUCUUUAUUACUACAAAAUGAACGCCAAGUCUUUCCUCGCUAUCCUCACUGUUGUCUGUAUUAUUGCUGUUGUCCAAGCUCAAAGCUCAGCCAACCCAAUUGAAUCCCUUCAAAGCAAGGCAUCUUCUGUUGCUGCUAGCGCCACCAACACAUCUCCUUCUGCUCCCUCUAACACCAACACAAGUGCAGGCUUUUCUUUAGGCAAUGGCUUGUCUUCUACUAUUCUUAUGCAAGGUCUUGUUCUCUUGGGUGCCUUUGUCGCUAGUUCUCUCUUGGCCUAAAUAUACAUGUAAUUUUAUGUGAAUAAAUCAUCAUUUGUUGUGU